UGGAGCUCUGGGGGCGUUUCGCGUUGUUUUUGCAGACGCGGUUUUCGUAUUGAUUGGGGACGAAGACGACACCUCUCUUCUACACAUAAUCAAGCGCCAGUCAACAUUCAGUUCUUCCUCCAAACUCUGUUUUAUCUUUCUUUAUCUUCUUUGAUCGAUUUCUUUUCUUGUUUUUUUUACCCAUUUCCCCUUUUGAUUCUUGACUCUAGCAGUUCUUAUCUAUUGAUCAAGAUCCCGCGUUCUCCCGCGUUUAAUCCAGUUCUCAGCUUCUUCUUUGUCGAUAAUCCAUUUUGAAUAUUUUCUGCGCUCUUCCUCUUCCAAUCUUUCCAGGCUCUUUUCAUUGAUCAUGGACUAUGAAGCCUGCGACAGUAGCGGUACUGAUGAUGAUCAUCCACCAUCACAUCAUAACAGAGUUUCUAGAGGAGGUCACAUAUCUGGAAGGGGGACGUCUGUUUUGAGUUCUUUUCCAUAUUCUAAAGUGCAUGAUAUGGAGACCCGGAUUCAUCAUCUCGAAAAAGAAGCUUACAGCUCUGUACUGCGUGCGUUAAAAGCCCAAGGGGAUGCCAUUACCUGGGAUAAAGAAAGCUUGCUAACAGAGCUUAGGAAAGAAUUGAGAGUUUCAGAUGAUGAACACAGAGAGUUGAUCGCUAGCGUUAAUUCCGAUGAUAUCAUCCGUGAGAUUAGGGAGUGGAGACGGGCAGGUGGGCACCAAAACAUGAGUUGCAGUUCGUCCCUGCCAGUUCAUGAUGUCGUUCCUAGUCCAACUGUUUCGGCAUCCCGUAAGAAGCAGAAAACAAGUAAAUUGUACUCUUCUUCGGUUCCUGCUGGAAGCAGACAGUUAAAUAAUCGUAGUUCUUCUGGGGCUCUUCUGGCAAACGGAUCUGCUGAAGCUCCAACAUAUGAUGAGACUUUCAUUGGAAGGAAAGUGUGGACCAGGUGGCCCGACGACAACAACUUCUACAAGGCUGUCAUAAGAAAUUACGAUCCGGUUAAGGACAAGCAUGUCCUGGUUUAUGAUGCAAACACAUCACGUGAGACGUGGGAAUGCGUUGAUAUUAAAGAGAUCCCGCCCGAGGAUAUUCAAUGGGAUAGGGAGGAUCUAAGAAUGACUCAUCGAGGAGGCCAUAGUGGCCGUGUGUUUAGAAGAACACAAAGCUCGGGUGGUUUUGCUCCUGGUGCUGGUAGGGGGAGAGGACGCUCAAUGAGCCAAUACAGAAAGGAAAUUUCUCCAUCACAAAAUAGUGUUGGAAAGAAAGUGAUGGAUGAUAUUGAAUUACUUAAUACAGAGGUAUUAGUAAAGGAGGUCGAGAAAGUUUUCAACUCAAGUAAUCCCGAUCCCGUGGAGCUCGAAAAGGCAAAGAAAGUGCUUAAAGAUCAAGAGAUGGCACUUGUGGAUGCAAUUUCUAGAUUGGCGUAUACAUCUGAUGGUGAAAGUGAAAGGGAAGCAGCCAAACGUGCAUGAUCAAUUAGUUGACAAAAACAACGAUACUUGAGCUACCAAGUGCCAGUGCCAAAUCUGUACA